UUGUUCAUAUUUACAUGAUGGGAGUGGAAAGCGUCCUCCUGGUUUCAUUAGUUUGUCUUCAUCAUCUCUGAACAAUACAAACACGCUUGAUCCUCUUCAUGAGCUGAGCGAGCAGCAUUGCAGUCGAGCAUCUUUGUCAGCUCGAGGACAGAGGAGGAUGAUGAUUGUCUGUUGUUGUCAGGCAGACUUGCAUCCCUCAGGAAGCCGAGUUUGACCUGCUUCCAUGAAGAGAUUGACACUUGUUUUAAUAGUAUUUCCUCUGGCAGUCACCCUCCAGGCUAUUAUAGCAGUAAUCCACUGACACUUUCACCUGUCAUGCUUGUCUUUGAACCCCAUAAACAGGUCUGUGCUUUGUCAGUAAGGUAUAUCUGGUAUUUGAACGGUGUUUCGGUUUUGUUAAGGAGUCCUGGGGGUGAUCUUGGUGCAAAGAAAAAAAAGAAGAAACAAAAGAGAAAGAAGGAGAAGCCAAGCUCAGGAGGAGCCAAGUCUGACUCUGCCUCUGAUUCUCAGGAGAUAAAGAACCCUGCCAUUCCAAUGCAGAAAUUGCAGGACAUUCAGAGAGCUAUGGAGCUCCUGUCCACCUGUCAAGGUCCAGCCAAAAACAUAGAUGAGGCCACAAAGCACAAGUACCAGUUCUGGGACACUCAACCCGUGCCCAAACUCAGUAAGUCAUACGUCACCUCUGCAUGUGUUCGAUUGCAACAUUACAAAUGUAAGCAACUUGACACAUCCUUGGCAAAUCAGUAA